AUGGCUUCGUUUGCGCGCCCGUCAGUCCUCCGGCAGACUCUUGCGACCACCCGGUCACCCUUCCUGCGCCAGAAUGUUGGCGUUUCGCAGGUCGUGGCUUUCCACGCCUCCGCCCGCAAGCAAAUCCUGCCCCCGUUGCCUCUGAACGACCCCGUUCCCGUUCCUAAGCCUCACCCGUCUGAGGGCAGCUACCACUGGACUUUCGAGAGAGCUGUUUGCGUUGGCCUGAUCCCCCUCAGCAUCGCUCCUUUCGCCGCCGGCUCCCUUAACCCCGUUAUGGAUGCCAUCCUCUGCUCUCUUCUCGUUGCUCACUCGCACAUCGGUUUCCAGGCUGCCAUCAUCGAUUACUUCCGCCCCCAGCGUGUACCCAAGUUCAACUCGCUAUGCAACUGGCUCCUUCGCGCUUUCACCCUGACUACCGCGGUCGGUCUGUACGAGUUUGAGACGAACGAUGUGGGUGUCACCGAGGCCCUGCGCCGUAUCUGGAACGCAUAA